AUGUCUGCGACACACUCUACACCUCCCCCUUCAGGUCAUCGCGCCGCUCGUGCUACCGGGGCUCCCAGUCCUCCUGGUCCCGGACACGGGGGCGACAUCAAUAUCCCUACCUCACUGUCCACACCGAACCGAGUACCCAAUCCAUCCGGAACGGCUCUUUACAUGUUCACGGGAGCUUCGGAAGGCGUUCCGUCAUCAGAUUUCAUACAGCUCGAGCCUAUGCCUGCCGAUGAACACGAGCGUGACGAAACGUCCACCACUCCUGUCGGAAAAUUUUCCUUCUCCGCUCGUACACCUGUCACAGGCGCUCCUCUGCAGAGCUCUAUCUCGUUCACGGUUCCGGUGGAAUGUGGUCCUGAGGACUUUGGCCUAGCAAUCAGAGUAGCUUCCGCUCUGCGAUUCGGCAAGGCUGAAGCCGUUCACUACGGUACCGUUCAAUACCUCCUGGGAGACUUCAUUUUCCCCGUAGACAAAACCUACACGUCUCGCUCGUACACUGUUGCACAUCCACAGUUCACAAGCACUCGCGAGAUCGACCUCGCACGCCCCGAGGAAGUGAUCCAUGUUCUGGAAAACGAACCCGACUCUGACGUUGAUGUUGAGUACGGAACCGCUCCAGCGCCCUCUUCGGGAAAACGCAAGGCACGUCCAUCUAAUACUGGACCAUCACUCUCCACGGCGACGGGCCCGAACUCCGGGACUGCCCAAAAGCUCAGCAAGGCGAUUCGAAAGAUUUCUCGCCGUACACCAGACCACUCCCAAAUUCUCCACGCCUUUAAUAAAGUCAGAGAGAACGCGUUCGACAUCAGGUUCACCAUCAUCGAAAGUCGGGUGAUUAUGAUAGUCGAGGCAAAGGGCUUAUUGGAUGAGGACAGGGUCACCAUUAUUGCCAAGCUGCAAGAAGCACUGCAGCAAAGCCGCUCCCAGGCCCGCCACGUCUUCGCAGAGGACGAGAGUCCUCAGUUCACUCGUCUCGGGGUUCUGUUAACUGCUGCCCAUUUUUUCAGCUAUGUAGAACAUGUGCGAGACGAGCUGUCCCCUGAAGACACGCCUGCCACUCAUCGCACACAACACUCUUCCCCUGGCCCACCCAAGAAAAAACGACACUUCCAGGACACAUACAUUGAUUCCAAGAGUGAUGACCAGUGGGUCGUGCCGAACAGGGGUGCUCGCGGUACCUCGGGAGACUCAGAUGAAUAUACACCAGAUCAAGACUCUCACACGGAGGAAGCGCGAGAGGCAUACCCUCCCGACAUCCUACACAGUCACAAGAAGCUCCGCGCAUUUUCAGGUGAUCGUAGAUAUUUCGAUCUUAGGGACAUCAACCGUUGCAAACCUGUGUUCAAGUGGAUACGCACCCGCCUGCAGUCCCUCAACAGUGACCUGUGGCCCGAUGAGGGCUUAGAGUCCGAGUCCGAGUUGGGGGGAUAUACAGAUGGCGAAGAGGAGGAAGGUGAUUUUUUACCGAAAGUGCCGCGUCCGAGUUCGACUCCGAGUUCGAGCCCAGUCGUAGAGGAGGACUUGACCGACCGGUCGACUGAAUCCGAGCAUACGGACGAUGAUGAAGGCUCGACUGUGCGCGAAGACCUGACCGAGGGCUCGAACGGUAGCGAAGAUGAAGACGAGGAAGAUGACAAGGAAGAUGAAGAGGAUGACGAUGACGAAGAGGAUGACGAGGACGACGAAGAGGAUGAUGAGGACGACCCUCUUGCAUCUUAG